AGAUUAUAUUAACAAGCAAAAUUUAGAAUUUUGGUAGAUCAUAAUUAUAAUGAUUAGAAAGUAAACAUAAUUGAUUAUAAACAGAAAUUCGUUUGUAGUUGUAUAGUACGGCUUUCAAAUGGUAUUAGCUAAUGUGUAUAAUAAUGUGGCUUUUGAUUAUGAUCCUUACAUAUGGAGGAUAGGAUGGAGAAGUGAAUUGCGUGCAGGUAAAGGUAGAGCCGUAGAGGAAAUUAUGAUGGUUCACACUCUUUUUGUGUUUUCAGGUGCUGAAAACGCUGACAUUAACUUUUAUCAGAAUUAUGAUGUUACAUGGGGAUUUGAUCAUGUUUUGGCUUUAAACCGAGGGAGGCAAAUUCAGCUAUCUAUGGAUUUGUCCUCUGGAGCUGGGUUUGAAUCCAAGCAAAGCUAUGGUUCUGGAUUCUUUCAUAUGAAAAUCAAGUUGCCAGACAGGAAUACGGCAGGCGUUGUCACAGCUUUCUAUCUAACUUCGAAAGGUAAUAAUCAUGACGAAUUGGAUUUUGAAUUUUUGGGUAACGUAGAAGGAAAGCCAUAUACACUGCAAACGAAUGUGUUUGUAAACGGUCAAGGAAAUAGAGAGCAAAGAAUUACCCUCUGGUUUGACCCAACCGCAGAUUAUCAUCUUUACGGAAUUCUUUGGAACGAACACCAAAUUGUAUUCCGAGUGGACGAUGUUCCGAUUAGAGUGUUCAAGAAUAACAGGAACAUAGGAGUUGAUUACCCAUCACAGCCAAUGAAAAUAGAAGGAAGCCUAUGGGAUGGAGAGAGCUGGGCAACUGAUGGAGGCAAAACAAAGACUGACUGGAGCUAUGCACCAUUCAAAGCUCAGUUCCAAGGAUUUUCCAUCAAUGGCUGCCCUAUUACUAACGACAAGUCGCUUAUACCACAACAAUGUUACUCUUCCUCGUAUUGGUGGAACGGACAGAGGUACUGGAAUUUGGACCAUCACCAGCAGAGAAAAUAUGAGAAUGUUAGGAAAACUUACAUGCACUAUGAUUAUUGUACUGAUAGGUCUCGCUACCCUAUACCUCCCCCGGAGUGCCUUCACCCUUAGGCACCUAUGAAAAUGAACUGCCCCUCAAGCGGGACACUCCAAAAGCUCCAACAAUAAACAUUGUAAUAUCAGUGAUUUCUCACAAAUUUGUGAUGAAUUUGUUAUCUUUUAUUUUAGUUUAGCACAAAAAUGAAAGCUACAAAUUAGUGAUAA